AUGCCAUGGCCCCAUUUUAAUAAUGUUCGUCAUGAAUGGCAUCGUUAUCAAAUUUGGGGUUUUGAGGGUUGGAACGAGGAUCGACUGAUUCAUUAUGCACAGAACGACCUAAAACAUGCUGUACGUGCAUGGACAGGCAACUGGUUAUUCAUUGGAGAGUGGUCCAUUGCAUCAUCGGCCAAUUUCGACAAAGAAGAUGAUCUGCAUCGCUAUGCUCAAGCUCAACUUGAAGCGUUCAAAGGAGCUAUCGGUGGUUGGACCUAUUGGACAUGGAAAUACUACAAUGAUGAUGGCUCACGAAAUGGAUGGAGCAUGAAAGCCAUGAUCAAUCGAGGUUUCAUACGACUUUAA